UGAUGUGGUGGCGCGCCUGCCAUUCAAAUCUUUCAAAUUUUGAACAUGGCAGCGGUAAACAGACGACAGAAACGCGGACAGAGGAAAACUCCUGUACGAAAGUUGCUGCUGGCGUCGCCCUUCGCGUCGGUAUGGCCCACAGUGGAAGAGCAGCAAGAGCGGCAACUGCAGGAACUCUUUAAGGCUUUGAAAGACUCGUGGUCUUCGAACAGCAGCUGCGAGAAGCGGCUGAUAGUGGGACUAAAUGCUGUAACACGUGCGCUCGAGAAGGGAAGCUUGUUGGCCGUACUUCUAAAUGUGGCAGCCGAUCCACCUAGGCUACUGCACGGCAUAAUUCAGCUAUGUAAAACGCAAUGCACGCCCGCAGCCUGUGUGAAAGACAUCAAAGCGUUUGCUGAUGCGUCAUUCACUGGCAGCUCAUUGCUAGCACUCGGCAUACGAAAGGUGGAGACUGACAGUCUUACUGCCGAAAGCGAGUUCGUGCAGAAGUUGACUGAAAGUGUCACGAAUUGGAAUUUUACUGCGCAGCCAGUCGUAAAAGAAGAAUACGUUGAAAAGGUAGAACCUAAGAAGGAUAUCGUUGCCCCGUCGCCUCCAAAUUUUGACGAGAUGUAUUUACCACGCAAAGAGCUAAAAGUGGAGAAGUUCUCCGGUCAUAUUGCACUGAUGAAAGAGCGGUGUCUCGGAUUUCCCGAUUACGACAAGAGAGCCGAUAUCGUUGUGAGAGUGGAGCCACGAAACUAUAUGGCAAGAGCUCCUUCACGGAUGCCAGUCACGCAGAAAUCGACGUACGUGAAAUCGAACAUUAAGCAGGUGUUCUCCAAAGGAAAAGUGAAAAAUAAAAGGAGGCCAGUGAAGAAGGCACAUAGACCCACUCCCAUUACCGUCACCUGAGGAAAUCGUGGGGAUUGUGUUGGAGAAUGGCGAGAGUUUGUGUGUUUGUAGGAGUGUCUCAAAAUCAUUGCUGACAAACUUCAGAGAGGACACAGAGCAUGAUAUCCGCUCUCUCUUUCAGACACCUUUUAUGGCCCGAAGUGCAUGAAAAUUCACAAACCUUGCACAUGCAUGAAUAAACAGCAAAAUAAUUUU